AUGGAAGUUAGGCCAGCAAAAGGAACCAACACUCUUGCUUUAAUCUUCAAAGGAGGGAUAAUAGUAGCUGCAGAUUCUCGCACAAGCAAUAACGGCUCCGUCAAGAAAAUUACUGAAAUCAAUCAGUACAUGUUGGCUACCAUGGCUGAGGAGGUUGGCGCCAAUGGCCAGUUUUGGCUUAGGGAUUUGGGAAGCAAGUGCCACAAACAUGACUUUGCGAACAAGCGAAGAAUUUCAGUUGCAGGGGCAUUAAAGCUGCUGUCCAACAUUAUGCUCUAUUCCUACCAUGGCGGGAAGGGUUUAACGGUUCAAUCUAUGAUCGCCGGGUGGGACGAGAAGGGUGGUGCUGCCCUGUAUUAUGUGGACAGCGAGGGGGGACUGCAUGAAGAAAACAGAUUCUGUGUUGAAUCUGGUUCGCAAUGUGCUUAUACUGUCUUGGAGGGCCAGUACCGUUAUAAUAUGUCCCUUGCUGAAGCUGCAGAGUUGGCCAGACAAGCAAUCUACCACUCCAACUCCAAAUUCCGCAAUGGUGCUACUGGUGCUGCCGGUGCUGCCGGUGCUAGUGUUUACCAUGUUGGACCUGAAGGGUGGAAGAACCUCUCCGGUGAUGAUGUGGGAGAGUUGGGUAGCCAGUACUUACCAGUUGAGACGACUACAAAACACGAAAUGGCUGAUGCAGUAGCUUUCUCACGAGAGAAAUAG